GCCGGCCAGUGUGCAGGGCGAAUUCUCAGUGGUGCGGCCGGCGGGCAGCUAUGGCGGCCGUACGCGGCCUGCGAGUGUCCGUAAAGGCAGAGGCCCCGGUGGGCUCGGCUUUGGGGCUUCCGUCGCCUGAAGUGGAGUCCGGCCUGGAGCGUGGCGAACCGGAGCCCAUGGAAGUGGAAGAGGGCGAGUUAGAGAUCGUGCCGGUGCGGCGCUGUCUGAAGGAACUGAUCCCGGACACAAGCAGAAGAUACGAAAACAAGGCUGGCAGUUUCAUCACUGGAAUUGAUGUCACCUCCAAGGAAGCAAUUGAGAAGAAAGAGCAGCGAGCAAAGCGUUUCCAUUUUCGAUCAGAAGUGAAUCUUGCCCAGAGAAAUGUCGCUUUGGACCGAGAUAUGAUGAAGAAAGCAAUUCCCAAAGUGAGACUGGAGACAAUCUAUAUUUGUGGAGUGGAUGAGAUGAGUACACAGGACAUCUUUGCCUAUUUUAAAGAAUAUCCUCCAGCUCAUAUUGAAUGGUUGGAUGAUACCUCCUGUAAUGUGGUCUGGCUGGAUGAAAUGACAGCCACACGAGCCCUGAUCAACAUGAGCUCUCUGCCAGCGCAGGAUAAGAUAAGAAGCAGGGGAGCCAGUGAAGACAAGCCCUCUGAGAAAAGCAAAAAAGACAAGCAGGAAGAUAGUUACGAUGACGAUGAGGCGGAAGAAGGAGAAGUGCAAGAUGAGAACUCCAGUGACGUAGAGUUGGACACAUUGUCUCAAGUAGAAGAAGAGUCUCUGUUGAGAAAUGAUCUUCGUCCAGCUAACAAACUUGCUAAAGGAAACAGGUUAUUCAUGAGAUUUGCUACGAAAGAUGACAAAAAGGAACUUGGAGCAGCCAGAAGAAGUCAGUAUUACAUGAAAUAUGGGAAUCCCAAUUACGGAGGCAUGAAAGGAAUUCUUAGCAACUCUUGGAAGCGAAGAUAUCAUUCCCGUCGCAUUCAGCGGGAUGUGAUUAAGAAGAGAGCCCUGAUUGGGGAUGAUGUUGGCUUGACGUCAUAUAAGCACCGACAUUCUGGAUUAGUGAAUGUUCCUGAGGAACCCAUUGAGGAAGAAGAAGAGGAGGAGGAGGAGGAGGAGGAGGAGGAGGAGGAGGACCAGGACAUGGACGCGGAUGACAGAGUGGUGGUAGAGUACCACGAGGAGUUCCCAGCUCUCAAGCAGCCCCGGGAGCGGAGCACGCCCAGGCGAUCCAGCGCCAGCAGCUCAGACUCAGAUGAAAUGGACUAUGAUCUAGAGCUAAAGAUGAUUUCCACUCCUUCACCGAAGAAAAGCAUGAAAAUGACCAUGUAUGCUGAUGAGGUCGAGUCUCAGUUGAAAAAUAUAAGGAACUCCAUGAGAGCAGAUAGUAUAUCCACAAGUAACAUCAAAAACCGAAUUGGUAACAAAUUGCCGCCUGAGAAAUUUGCAGACGUCCGACACCUCUUAGAUGAAAAACGUCAGUACUCACGUCCACGGCCACCAGUCAGCAAUACUAAAUCAGAUAUACGCCAGCGGUUAGGAAAAAGACCGUAUUCUCCAGAGAAGGCUUUUAUUAGUAUCCCAGUGGUUCGGAGAGAGCCCUCUUCAGAUGUACAUAGUAGACUAGGUGUUCCCAGGCAAGACGUUAAAGGCCUCUAUUCUGAUACUCGGGAGAAGAAAUCAGGGAGCUUGUGGACUCGUUUAGGAUCUACACCCAAGACCAAAGAGAAGAGCAUGAAGAAAGUGGACCCUAGGGCAACUGGCAUGGAGGAAGAUGACUCUGAGCUGCAAAGGGCGUGGGGGGCUCUGAUUAAGGAGAAAGAACAGUCUCGCCAAAAGAAGAGCCGCUGUUACCAGCACCCUUUUCCCAAGAAAAGUCAAUUCCCAGGUGCUUACCGGACAGACUGCGAGGGGGAAGAGGAGGGAAGCCGCCAGCUCGCCCUUCCAGGAUCCUGGUGUGAGGGCGACUGUCUCGGACCUGGCCUCAGAGGUGUACCAGUGCUGGCAGGUAGCUACCAGAUGCAGCAACAAUCGCGCUUCCGUCCUCCCUUGGGGUUUCUGUUGGGGACUCUCAUGCUGGCUGUCAGCUUGAUGUGAAGGUCACGUUCAGUGCUGUGGGGUUUUUAGGAAUAAAAAGACUGUGACUGACGGAUAUGGGGUUGAUUUUUGUGCUAGGGUUGGGGUCAUGGGUUAAUGAUGAACAAUUUUUAAGUCUGUACGUAUUGUGUUUAAAAUUAUUAAUGAUCUUAAAGUUUUAAAUUUUUAAUUUUUAUAUGUGGCAGUUCUUCCUGUUGGCUAUAGGAGCAACUCAAGUGGUGUCUUCUUUUGUGCUGUUAAAUAUAUAUUAUAUACUUUGGAAGAUGGUAAAGAGAGGAGUCUCAUUAUUUUAAAGGACCCUAACUGUAUGGUCUAUUUGUUGUUUAUAGUGUUCAAUAUGCUGUUUGGCCACUGUAGGAAAAAAAAACCCAUCUGAGAUGGGACCUUGUUUAUUAUCACUUUAGAAGUAAAGAUAAUUUAUUCUUUUUGUCUCCAAGUUGUGACUGAAGACCUCUUCAAAACUAGCAAAUAAUAUUUUCAGAAAUGUUUUGUUUAAACUCUUUUAGAUUAUUUUACCAUGAAAAGGAGGUUGUUUUUUGUUUUUUAUUUUGUCUUAACAUCUGAUUUUUAUCUCACAGUACUUAAUUCUGUAGUCUUUUGUAGGCUUUAAAAUAAUGUUUCAUUUCAGUUCAUGAGCACUUGGGAGUUAGAGGUGCUAGUAAGCUUUUGUCACUGUGUGAUGUCACAUUCUUCACCCUCCGGACUGUUUUCCACCAGAGCAGCCUAGAGCCCUUGCUGGUGACUGAGCUGAUGGUGUAUUAAUAGUUGGUUGCACUGUGGUGCAAAUGAAUGCGUGCAAAGCAGUGUUGUUCACUAAGAAAAUCAAGGGUUGAGACCUGAGGGCUGUAAUGAAAACCACAUUGCAGCAUAUUUUAACCUACCUGCCCCAUGCUGUGUUUCGGGUUCCCAGGAUACUAGAAAAGAGGUGACACUGGUUUCUCAGCCAGCUAAAACCUGCCCCUGACAGUUCUAAGUGCUUUUUGCCCUGUGAAGCACAUGGCUCAGAGCUAGGUUCUUAGGUUGAGGCUCAGGGGUUGUUAGGGUGAAAGGUGCAAGGACCUGAGAGUUAAGAGGCCCUAUGCCACCUGGCUCUACUGCAUGGACCUGGGCCUUGGUUUCCCAGCUGGAAAUUGGUGGGAUGGGACUGAGCUAGUUAUGUUGGCUCAUCUCAGUGGUGUUUUACUCUUCCCACAGCUGUGAGUACAGUGGACUGGCCAGCACACCUUUCUGCUGCAAGUGGCCAAAGAGUCAAGAAGACAGCUGAGGGCAGGCAUGAGGUUGUGGGCAGGAUCCAUCCCUGAGCUGUUACAGUGUGGUUUUCCUGAGGGGUUAGUGGCCAUAGUCUCCCCAGCACUCAGGAAUUGUCCUUUGUAGGCUUCUCUUUUUGUUUCCCAAUCACGAAGCCGACCCUCAUACUAGAGAGCAGAGAAGACUGUAGAAGCUGGGUGACAUGCAGUCACAGCUGGGUCUUUGGUCUAAUCGUGAAAACCAUGAGAAAACACAGAACUCAAAGAAGUAGCUCUGGGAUUGUAUUUCCUGAAGUGGUCCUCCUUCCUCCCCUCUCUCUCUGGUCCGCACUCAGCCACUUGUGUCUUGCAGCAUCUUGAGCAUGCCCUGCAUAGCUACUUUGUCCCUGAGUUAGGAGUGAGGGGACAGUCAGACAGCUUGACAAGCCGCUCAGCGAGCUUGCACCCCAGGUGUUUUCUGUGUGGCAGCCAGUAGGGCUGCACACUCUGUACCCUUCCGCUCAUCCUGGCAGGUAGGAGAUUUUAAAUACAAUCGUGCUGCUUGAUAAUAAUUGCAGAUACCUCAUCUCUGUUUCCCUUCUCUCUUAGGAGAGUCCAGGUACACAGGAGAACUUGGAGAAGCCCAUCACAAGACAUCAGCCCCCCCCCCCCCCCGGUGUACUCUGGUCUGUGAAUCUCUGCCUGCUCCCUCUGCCCCAUUCUCUCUUUCUAGUCUGCUCCACUGCUGGGAUGAAUUUUUGUUGGCAUUUCAUUGAGUGAUGGCUUGUUUGUAUAGUGUAAAAUUCAUGUCAUAGUGUACAUGUCAGUGGGUUUUAGUGUGUUUACCAAGUUGUGCAACCAUCACCAUAAGCAGUUUUCAAGCAUUUUAUUGGCAGAAUCAUCAGGAGUCAUUAUUUCUUUCUAGCCCUUGGCAAUUAUUCUUUUUGUCUGUGGCCUUGUCUUUGGUGGAUAUUUGAUAGAACUGGAGUCACGUACUGUAUAUUUGUGACUUCUUUCACUUCGAACAUUUUUAAGGUUCAUCCAUGUUGGAAUAUCUGCACUUUAUUUUUUUAAGUUGUAGAAUAAUAUUCCAUUGUGUAUGCCACAUUGCAUAGACCAUGUUUUAUCUAUUAAUCAGCUAAUGAACAUUUAGGUUGUUUCAUUUUUAAUUAUUUUGAAUACUUUUUUAUGGACGUUUAUAUACUUGUGGAUAUAUGUCUUCUUGUCCCUGCCCCUUGGUUUUGUUUGAGAACUGUGGCAGUUUCCUUGCUUCAGCCUUCUGAUUGCUGGGAUUGCAGACUUGUACCACCAUGCUUGGCAUUUUCUUGGGUUUAUACUGAGGAGUGGAGUUGCUAGAUCACAUGUAACUCUUUUUCAAUUAGACCUUGGGCUUUGCACAUACUAGGCAAGGAUUCUUGGGCUAUGUCCUUAGCCCUUUUAAAAAAUUUUGAUAGUGUCUCCAGUAAGUUCCUCAGAAUGGUCUUGGACUUUUGAUCUUUCUGUCUCAGCCUCCUGAGCUGCUGGGAUUAUAGGCUUAUGCCUGCAUGACCAGCUGCUAAGGGUCUGUUUAAUCCUUUGGGAAGUUGCGGAGCUGAUUUAGCUGUAUUGGUUUACAUUCCUGUUAGCAGUGCAUGAGGUUCCAGAGUUUCCUCACAUCUUCAGGAACACUGUUUUAAAAAUGGGAACUGGUGCCUUUGGUUUUGAUUUGUACUUCCUUAAUGGCAGGUGACGGGCAUCUUUUCUUUUUUUUUUUUUUUUUUGAUGGGCAUCUUUUCAUGCGCUUCCGGAUGAACUUUUAAAAAUGUCAGUCUGAUCUUUUUAUUCCUCUGCUUGAAACUUUUCCUGACCUUCUUUAUUUCCUUUGGAAUAAAUCCAAGCUCUUCUGUUAGCUUAUGAAAGCUGAUUGUGAUCUAGACUCUUGGGCCUGUUCUCCCCCGCCUUCUCUGCUUGCUAAGUUCCGGAUCUAUCUUUUUGGGGGGUGGGGGUGGGGGAUGGGGUUACCGGGUAUCAAAUCCAGGGCUGUUGCACUGACCUUUAUCUUUAGUCCUUUAAAAUUUUUAAAAAUUUUUAAAAAAUUUGAGAUGGGUCUUGCUAACUUGAGAAAUUGUCCAAACUGGGCUUGAACUUGUGAUCCUCUUGCUUUAUCUCCCAAAGUACUGGGAUUGCAGGUGUGCACUGAACUGUCUGGCUCCCUGGAUCUGUCUCAAUCUCAGCAGUCUUCCAGACCCAACAGAGCACAUGCUCCCAGUGACAUACUUUCCCAGGCCCUGUCCCCUGUCACUCAGCCUUGAGCUCUCAGGGGCCUCUUAAGAAGCAGUCCUCAAUUUCCAGAGGCAAGGUAUGGGUUCCUUCUGUGUUUGUUCCACUGCUGACACAAAGGAAUUCUACUGAUGUAACAUCAGUGCCUGAGAUAAAGCUGUGUGCAAUCAAAAUUCCUCGUGGCAACCCCAAGGCAGGCACUAUAGUGAAGGGGAGCAUCACACAGUCGGUCACAGUCAUCUCCUGUCUGUGGGAGCAGACACUUUGGCUCUCAGUGGGCACAGGUGGGGUGGUUGGCCUGCAGUUGGUCUUGUACAAAGCUCACUUCACUGUAGCUGUUACAACUUCUCUUUUGAGGAGCUUAGAGGUUUAGACUAUGGAAGCAGCCAAGAAACAGACUUGCCAAGGAUUUCCUGCCGACGUGGGCUCAUUGAGGGAAAGGGGAAGCUGGAAUGUCCCAGGCAACUUGGAAUUGUUUUUUGUUUGUUUUUUAAAUAACUUUUCAGACUGACACCACUGUGUCUGACUAAGUGAAGUAUGUGUAUUGUCAAAUAUACUGUAUUCACCAACCCAGCACCUCCAUGCUGGACUGGAACCUCCUAGCCUUUAUUUGUCUGUUUUGCUAGACUGGAAGCUCCGUGAGAGCAGGGUCAUGACCAUUACUUACGUUCAUUGGGGUUUUCCCACACCUUUACCCAGGCCUGGCAUCUGGUCCUCCCUAAAUGUUUAUGGAAUUUGUAAAUCUCCAGCCUCAGAAUUGCUUCAUCUGAAGCCCUCGGAUCAUUGCGGUUCUUUCUCUGCCAUCUACUGUGGGAGAUGACUCCAGUGACUCCCUUUGAAUCCAAAACAGUUGCUGUGACUUGAUUACUUGGAGACUCAUUUCCUUAUACUGGUAUAUAAAAGACUGGCUAGGGUAUUGCUUUCUCUCUUCAAUUGGCUCUGAGCACUGCAAGUAAGGCUAGCCGAGGUGCUAAUGUGCAAAAUCUGUAGCCAUCAGACAGUCCUGUUUCUUCCCUGGUGCUCUCCACAUUACUGGAUUGAGCUCUCAGAGAUGUUAGAGCAAACAGCUCCGGGAAUGUCAACUGGGUACCAGCCUCAAGAUAAGAGGUUAUUAUUCCCCAGGGCACAAGAGUUUGCAUAUCAAAAACACAAACAAUAGCCCCCCCAAAACAAUUCCACUGCUGCCUUAAUUAGAUUCUGUAAAUUGAUCCUUCUGCAUAUCUUUAUCUCUGCAAAUUACCGAGAUGCCAUUCUUGCACCUGGCUAGCCAGCUCAAUUUACUCAGUAAUCCCUGAGAUCUUCACUAUCACUCAUCCAUGAGCCACUCCCCUUUGUUCACAAGAGAAUAAAUGCUGGGAGAGGCCUAGGAUCGAGGCCUUUGUCCUCAUGUCCUCAUGGGAAUUGGACUUAGGACCCCUUGGCUGCCCGUAAUUUAGAAGAUGUCUUGUUGUCUUUACUCUCGCUGUGGGUUGGAUUGGUAAUGGUAGAUUGGAAUUAACUUGCUAGGAUUCCAAUGACGUCUCGAAGCGAUUAUAAAUAUAACCUUUUGGAUUGUGAGGAAAACUAGAAAGAGGAUUACAAUACUUGGGUGACUGAACUUGAUAUUUGGGUUUACAAUAAUCUACAUUUAAUGUCUUUUUUUCCUAUUUUCCUUCUAGCCUGUGAGCUCCUAAUGAGCAGGUGUCUUCAUGUUUUCUUUGUAUCCUUGCAGCAGGUAGUGUGCUUCGGGUGUUUGGGAAGUGAUUGAAUCAUGGUAACUGAGGCCUACUUUUGCACAAAUCUGAUUCUAGAUGAGAUCCCAGUCCCACAAAAGGACACUGUGCUUAUAUAAGGUAAAGCGCUCAGGUUGGUCUCAGUAAGCAUCCAGUGUUGAUGACUGUGACAUGCUCUAUAAAGAAUAUGCUAGCAGGUCACACAGAUGGUCCUGAGUAUUUUGUUAGAAAAGCACUCAUCUGCCCCAUGAUAGGAAGGAAAGAAGCUGGUGGGAAUGUGCGAGGUCCCAAGAGAGACUGCCUAGGCUCUGGUCCUUGUGGAAUGGAAAAUGACUGCAGUCUGAGGUGUGUGACAAGAAACCGCUCAUUCCCAGCAGUACCUCUCUGUCCGAAAGCAGUGUCCCUCGGGCUUCCCAGGUGGAGCCUUGUCCAGGAGUGGGAAAUGCUCACGUGCACUUCCGGUCAGCACCAGCAGCGAGUGACAGUAAGCUUUGCAUAUUAGUAGUUACUGCUUCAAUAAGUUUGACGUGUAAGUAUUUGCUUUAAACUCCUUAUAACAAGAGUGAAGUUAGCGCUAAGAGGAGAGCAUGCUUUUGGUAAUCUUGGGAAUAGCACAUUUGCUCUGAGGCAGAUCACUGCUGUGUCGUUUGACCCACAACAAAGGUGGAACUUUUCUUAAAUACUUGUAAAAUAAAUCUUAGGAAAGAAAAGUACUGUACAUUUUUUCCCCCAAUGAAAUUCUAUGAAUGUUUCCUAGAACUUUGUUCCUGCUUCAAAAUCUGUUUUAAAUAGUUCAGAGGCAUUGAAGUGGGAUUUCAUGUACUAUAAAUAAAACACUAGGGUAAGGGUGGCAUGUAGCUUCCCACAGUCACUACCCUGCUCGGAAAUUCUGAUCUGUGUGAGCAGUCCCCAAGGCCUCCUCUGGAUGCCUGCAUGGUUAGGUGUUGAGUCUGUGUGUCACCUCAGCCCAGGACCGGAGGGGGUUAGUACAGGCAAGAGGCCUUUAUCAUCACCUCUUUUCCUUGGGUGGCCGCAGAUCCUGUGAUAUGUCCCUCUUUCUCCUUAUGGACAAGAGCUUCUCAGAGGGUCCUUUAGUCUUUGGGAAAGAACUAGGAUGAGAGCCGGAGCUGGAGCUGGAGUAUGAAGAAUUCAUCCUCCCUCACAUGCUUAGGGGGGAAGGGCAACAUCCCUGCCUCUGGACCUCAGCUUUGCACUCUGUCAAACGAAGGGCUCCACUGAGCUGACGCCUGUUUUCCUCCUAGGGCUGGAGUGUGUCUGAGGACCUCUGCUGCCUUCACCAGGGCAGGAGGGAGGCGGGUCCAGUGCAGCUCUUCCCCUCCCAGCCCCCAUUACACGAGGACAAGCAAUCCCUGUUGGCCCUCCUGACGCCCUCCUGACCAGCACACCCACACCCAUACCCACACACACCAGUCAGUCUUUUAGGGCCGGCAGCCCAGGGUAUGAGUACGAGGGCUGCCAUGUCAGUGUCACACUUAGGAGGCAUUCUCGCAGGGCUGGAGCCUGAGAGGCAGACCACAGUGCCAGGAUGGCAGAGGCCCUCAGCCAGGCUUGCUCACUGCCGUUCCUCUGUGUAUGCACAUGAGCCUUGCACCACCAUUCCUGCUGAGUUAGAGCCAGGCCCUACCCUUCUCACUGCUUUUAACUUUAUUUCUUAAAAGCCUCGUCUCCCAGAUACAGCCGGGUUGUGAGUUUGAGCUUCGCCAUUUGAAUUUGGAGGGGAUGCAGUCUAGUCCACAGCACCAGUUCCAACAGAAUGCCAGUCUGUGUCUGUGGAGUGAAUGCUCCUGUUUGCUGAGACAAGGUCUAGCUAUGUAGCUCCGGUGGCUUGAGACACUUGUCCUCUCCCAGUUUCCACUCUCCGAGUGUCAGGGUAAGAGGUGUGCACCACCAUAUGUGGCUUGGGUUUGUUUUAAGCUGAAUCUAAAGGUGGGAGGGUUUGUAGUGUUCCAGUCAUGGUUCCCAGGGAGAAAAACUUGAGUCCUACGCUGCCACUACUGUCUGUCUGGCUUUGGCAAAGCACUUUCCCUGUCUCUGGGCACCAGCAGCUGCAUCCGUAAGUUGGACCCCCUCAGAUGGAGGCCUGCACACAGAGCCUGGGCUUGCUUGUGUCUGGGCUCCCUGCUGAGUGCUCAGUGGUAGUGGGCCCCACUGCUCUGCCCUGUGUGCCCCGCAGCACUCAGUCUUCUGGGUUGACUCUGCCUGUGUCCUGAGGCUGGGUAACAUGGUGUCAUGUCUUGUUUCUGACUGAUACCCCAGACUGCAGAUCCAUCUUGUGUCCCACACCUCCACCCUGAUCAUCGUGCAAAGGGCAAAGAACACAUCACCACAUUUUAUUUUACCUCUCAAGCUCUCCUUCCUUUCCUCCCUUGUCCCUUGUUUUUCUUUGCCCUCUGAGCCAUGAACAGUUUGGGAAAGAUUGCAUGUGCCCUGCCCCUUGACCCCUAUGGUGCUUGUUAGUGCAUAUUCCUAAGAACAAGGCAUCCACUCACGUGUCCACGGUGCAGUCCCCACAUUAUGCGAAGAUACAAUCUCAGGUCAGUGCAGUGCAGUGAUGUGUGCUUCAGGCUUCAGCUUAACCAGCUGUUGAGUAUGAUAGACCAGUCCUUUCCGGUCUACAGUCCAGCAUCAAGUGCUGCCCUCUCAUUGGUCUCCUUUGAUCUGGGGCAGCUCCUCCGCCUUUCUUUACUGCUCAUGAGGUUGAUGUUUCUGAAAAGUACAGACCAGCUGAUGUAGGUUGUCCUUCAAGUUGGCCCCUUAACAUUUGCUUAAAGUGAAACAAACUAGGAUGCCUCUUUCCUAUUUCCUUUAAGUAUAUAAUUUGCUGGACACUCAGCCUUCUAUUAGAUAGCAAAACCUGGCCAUAGUGUGGAGACCUUGGUUCCGUGUGUGGGAAAACUGUUAGCAUUACGUUGCUUGGAGAGCCCCUCUGCAUGCCCCAGACGAGCUUGGAUUACCACAUCUUGGAUACAGAAUGCGUCCAAAACAAAAAUAGAAAAAGGCCUUGGUCCCUGUCUGAAUCCAGUCACUGCGCCUGCCUGACCUCCUCAGGUGCCUGAAAGUUCAUGCUCCAAAUACAAGCUUGCUUCCCACAGGCUUCUCAUGUGAGCGGCAGUCUGUGUCCCAGCCUGUCCUCGCAAGGACGUGCUGUCACUUUGGGCUGCCCUCUUCCCUUCUGGGCCAGUGCUGGGAGAGGAGUCCUGUGUCACCCUGGGAGCUCAGGAUGCACUGGGGAGGCCAGGUACUGAGCCCUGGAGGGUGGGGAGGUGAUAGGUGGGAGGCUGCAGGCCCUCAUGCUGCCUGUGAUGAGGUUAAAACCUAGGGAUGGUCUGCAUCAGGAUAUGGCAGGAAAAUCGUCAGGCCUGAAACUUGGUUUUUCAGCUGUUUACUUUCUCUGUUGGCUAUGUACAGGGGAAAAUGGUGAAUUGUAAUAUAUCGAACCAUGUAAAAUCUAGUCAUGGGUAUUUUGUGAGACCAAAAUAGGUAAAGUAAAAGUGUAUGCAGUGUCAUCAACUCAUCACAGGACUUUGGCCAAGUGAGCUUUCAGUGUGGAAAAAAUAAUAAAGCAUAAAAUCAAC